GCCACAAUUGGAGCAAAUAAUAACUUGAGGAGCCCUCAUCGACGGGCGGGUCAGGUCGCUGAAAACCAAUUGCAGCCGCUAGUUGGCACCUCAUUUUGACUUGUCCUUUCAGCACCAGAACCAUCGCAACCCACGGUUUCGCGACUUGCUUUGCCCCAGGCCGCCCGCGAAUCCUGUCCCCACACCCAAGAUCCCACAAUUGAGUCUGAGAAACGGUGGGAAGGAACUGCACUCCACCAGGCAGUUUUAGGCUGGAAAUGGCGGCAAGGCCGCAGCCCGAAGCAAGGUCGCUCUCAACGAUCAACUACCUGGCAGCAAACCCGCCCCAGUACCCCCAUCACCCCGAGGUACGCGAGUCCCUCACGUUGUAUAUUUCACGGGUGCCCGGCACACAAGACAUCAUCCUGUCCACUUUCAGGCCCCAGAAGAAGAACGUAACCAGCGAAGACAUCACGACCUCCCUCUAUUAUGUCCACCUCGAUGCACUACAAGACGGUUUGCUCGCCGCCCCACAGCUGUCCGAGGACGCGGCUUCCCCCCGAUCCAGCAGCGAAAGUGGGAGAAGUAUGAUCCCGAGGAAACCGUUGCCCACAUCAGCCAAGACACUCGGAUCGGAAAGCACCGCCGGUGGCAACAGCGUCGUGCCAGCGGCACCGGCAGUCCCUUUAAGCUCAACGCUCCAAAGGACUGCUCUCGAGAACUCCGCGCCGUCUUCCGGGUCUGAACGGCAGCCUCUAGCUGGGACCGAGAUCGAUGGGUACCGAGAAAACCCAAUGUUCCAAAACCGUCGAUCGGGAGGGCCGUCCGCGGUAUCCGACGUGGCCCCUCGCCUAGCACCGAUGGCCGCCCUGAUACCCCGAAAGCCCUUGGGCCCCGCGACGCCGGAGGUAUUGAGAUCUACUUCUAAUAACGGCUUAGAUACAACAACUGGAACCACGUCGCAGCGCAGUCCGGCGACAUUGGCGGAACAAAAUGCGCCGAAUGCGCACCCCCCCGAUCAAGCCACAUGUGUCGCAUCGCCACCGGCGACUCUACAACUGGGUAGAACUGCACCGCCGUCGAAGCUGGGGGCUCGCCCAUCCUCGGUGGCAUUUUCCCUCACUGUGAUCCGGAGGGAUCCUACCUCGGGAGCGCAGUGCAACGUCGGCAAGAUCACAUCGUUCCAAACGAACGUUCCCACACCGGAGACAGCCGACCCGACUCUUGAUCCCGACAACAUGGGGGGUCUACUGGCCUAUACGCAAAAGGUCAGCAUCCGUCUCGAAACCUCUGGCUACGCGAAGUACCGGGAUAUGCCAAGUAAGGCGGACGUGGAUGCAUACCGGCCAACCUCGGGGCAUUCGUUUUCCCAGCAAGUGAUGCAGCGCCCUCAGCCUGCUUCGGGGGUAGGAGGGAAGGGCCCGGUGCCGGGGUCCGGCUGGAGGCCAGUGGAAGAAGGCUUUUCACGCCAAGUCGUCAUGUCGUACGGCGCCGGCUGGAAGUCGAACUUCAAAAAAGCUUUCCAGCGCAGGGAGCAUCCCGGUAGUUCCGUCCAUGCCACAGGAGCGCCGCCCGAGGAUUCUGCAGCACCAAACUCUUUCCACACGCGGCAUGGCAGUGCAUCGACGAUCGGUUCGAUAGACUCGGCGGACGGCAGACAUUCGCCUACCCUGAUCACCCACCCGGGCCCUGGAUUGAAGCCGAAAGGCUACGUCUUCCUGAGCCCCUGGGAUGGCCGGUGUGAGUUCCGCACAAGUGCCGACGGCCGGAGCCUUCGGUGCCGCCACGUCCUGGACCCCGCGAGCGCUGGGAUCGACCCCCGGGAGGUCGCGCAAAACAUUCGGGAUGCGCAGGCGAUGGGCCGUUCACGCAGCGACGAGCUGUCCUCGGUCUUGGUGGGUGCAAAACCGGUCAGCGAACUGCGGUUCAGCUUACCCCAUGGGGCUGCCCACCGAACCUCGGAACGAGACGGGGCGUCCAAAGGCGGCCGCUUGGACGCAAACCCUUUGUCGGGGCUUAGUAAACUGUUGUAUCACAGGUCGCGGAGUAGUGACGAGGAUUCUGACGAGGAGAACGGCUUUGGGAACGACGACAAUGACAUCCCAAUGGGUCUGAGGCUCGGAAAGGAGGACGCCGGGGGAGGGAGUCGGGGAAAGAGGGCCAAGUUAGGGAAGCUCAUUAUUCACGACGAGGGGUUGAAGAUGUUGGACUUGGUGGUGGCAGCCAACGUCGGAGUCUGGUGGACCACAUGGGGGCGGACGCCUUGAGAUUCACGUUGCCGCUUUAAGGGGAAUCCCCAAUCAAUGUAGUGCCAGUAUUUAGAAUUGUUCAGGCGGGCAGGAUGCCGUCUGCACGCUCGGCAUGCUGGCAUGGAAUUGCAAUGGAUGAUACCAAUCAAUCAUGAUUUGAUGCCCGCUUGGCGGGGCAAGGGCAAAAUCACGGAGAACAGACAGAAUCAC